GUCACACCGUGGUAUUGUGCUAGUGGCUAAGUGGUUGCACCGGUAAUUAAGUGAUCGAGUUUAGUGACUUAGUGGUCAAAAAUGGCAACGAGAUGGCAACCACCGGACAUUGCCAAUGUGUGCCCGAACCAAAUAGCCCCCUUAACUCAGUGCUCGCAAACCGGCUUCAUGUUUCUAGCACUAGUUACUCAGUUAUUUGGGAAGUCCGUGGAUGACGAAUACUCAUACCCGGGAGAUAAUCCUUACCAGAGUAUUAACCAGCAACCGAGCUUCACUGGAUUUCCAUAUGGGACACCUGCAUCGGGAAUCAAUCAACAAACCUUCGGGCCAUCUAUACCGAAUACUGGGUUCACAAACUUUAAUCCAGGAUUUGGACCUUGGUUAACUAACUUCAAGGAAUCGGCUAACAAGCAUAAAACUACAACACAUUCUUUCGGCCCGAAGGGUAGCUACGGUGUAUCGGAAACAAUGUUUAAUUUUAAAGAUAGUUCUAUUAAUUCUGAAAGUGAUUCAUUUUCGAAUUUCGAAUCGACACGACCGAUACUCGAUUAUAAUUCGAUUGGCCGCUCUAGUACAUUUGAUUCUAAUACUGCGGACUCAAAUACAGUGACGGUGACUGAGAAAGCCGAAAAGAAAAGCAGGAAAAAGAGGCAUGCUGUUGAAGAGUAUGAUUUCAUUGUGGUCGGCGCAGGUUCAGCUGGCUGUGUGGUUGCCAAUCGUUUGUCUGAAGUAAAAAAGUGGAAGAUAUUGCUACUAGAAGCAGGAGGUGAAGAGCCUGAUGUCACAAGUGUGCCGGCUUUAGCACCCACAUUAGCUGGCUCCAGUAUAGACUGGGGAUACACAACACAGCCAGAAGAAUUGACUUGUCGAGCGCAACUUGGUCAACAAUGCCGUUGGUUUAGAGGAAAGACAAUGGGAGGUUCAAGUGCAAUCAAUUACAUGAUCUACAUGAGAGGAAACAGAAAAGAUUACGACUCGUGGGCUGAAUUAGGAAAUCAAGGAUGGAGUUAUUCUGAGGUGUUGCCGUAUUUUAAAAAAGCGGAAAAUAAUCAAGACAUAGAAUCUCACGAUUUAUACUAUCAUUCUACAAAGGGGCCUCUCAACGUAGAAAGAUUCGAGUAUGUCGAUAUUAAUACUAUGAUGUUAGUACAGGCCUUUAAUGAAAAGGGAUUACCAAUAAGAGAUGUAAAUGGUGCAUCUCAGAUAGGCACAGAUAUUGCGCAAUCUACCUCUAAAGAUGGGCGACGAUUUUCUGUAAACACAGCUUAUAUUAGAUCUAUACGGCAUAAAAGACCAAAUUUACAUAUAAUUACUAAAGCUUUUGUGACUAAAGUAAUGAUAGAUCCAUUUACUAAAACCGCAUAUGGAGUACAAUUUGUUAAAAAUGGUAUUGUACAUAAUGUGAGGGCAAGAAAAGAGGUAAUCUUAAGCAGUGGAUCCCUAAAUUCGCCAAAAAUUUUAAUGUUGUCAGGUGUUGGACCAAAGUCCCAUUUGAACUCUUUAAAUAUACCUGUUCUUGCUGACCUUAAGGUAGGUGAAAAUUUACAAGAUCAUGUUACUACAGAUGCUUUAAUUUUUACAUUAUCUAACAAAACUUCUACAGCAGUAAGUGGUAAUCAACUAUUGCAAGAAGUUCAGAAUUAUUAUAAUCAAUAUCCAAAGAAAAAUGGGCCUCUAUCAACUACACACACUCUAUGUGGUACAGCAUUUAUCAAAACUGAAUAUGCUGAUGAAGAUGCACCAGAUAUACAAUUUCAUUUCGACGGUCGCAAUGUAAGAGAGUUCUAUUCAGAUCCUACAACUUAUGUGGCUACAAAUAUAUUCCCACUAGCUUUUUAUGACGGACUUGCAGCAAGACCCUUAUUGUUGACGCCUAAAAGUAGAGGGUUUCUGUUUCUAAACUAUACCGACCCAGUUUUUGGUCAACCUUUAAUCUAUAGCAAAUUUUUCACGGUGAAACGAGAUUUAGAUACUUUAAUAUCCGGCAUACAAUUUGCUGUAAGUUUAGAAAAUACAGAAGCUUUUAGAGCAAGUGGUGCUAGUUACGUUAAGGUUCCUGUGCAAGCAUGUGCUAAUUACAUAUGGGGUACUUAUGAAUAUUUUCAAUGUAUAUUAAUGCAAUAUACUUCUACGAUAUAUCAUCCUGUAGGUACUUGUAAAAUGGGACCAAAAUGGGAUAACAGUGCAGUAGUAGAUCCAAGAUUAAGAGUGUACGGUAUAGCAAAUUUAAGGGUUAUUGAUGCAUCUAUCAUGCCAAAAAUUAUAAGAGGUAAUACAAAUGCACCUACAAUAAUGAUAGCUGAGAAAGCAACAGAUAUGAUAAAAGAAGAUUGGUUGUCAUUGUAAUGUAUAAUUUAAUUUAUGAGAUUGAUACGAUGUAAUAAAUAAUAAUA